AUGGACACCACUUCCUCCUCUUCGCCCCCUUACUCUGUCUCCAAGCUGGAGGCCAGAUUCUACUACGCAGGCUUGCUCUCUAGCCCCGUCUUAGUCUACCGUACGAGCACCACACCCUGGAAACCGCCCACCGGUCCUGAGGCGUACCGCGAGCUAAAGGAGCUCAAGCCAGUCUUCAAUCACGGGAUUGUCUGCGACUAUCUCGAUUCCGAGCAGAUCACGUGGACGAGCGUCGACGUCGUGCGCUUCGCCAAGGUCGGGGAGACCCCCGGUCCCGUCGUUCUAUGGAUCGGGGUGGUGCCCCAGUCUCUCUCCGGCGAGGACGCCCACACCGCCGCCGUCGGUUGCCUGCAACUCCUCGAGUCGUCCCAGCUCACCGACGUCGAAGUUGAGUUUAGGGAAUCCAUUCUCAUCAGGUCGGUCGGUCCUAAACUCCUCAAAUACGUCUCCUCCACAAACCCAACCACCAGCGUUUGCGGUCUCAUCACCCCUGCACUCGGUCUGCCGCUCGCUGCCCGAGCCACCUCGUACGCCGAGGGCACUGGAGCUCUCUACAUCUCCCAAGGCCGUGACAGCGAGAAGGUCUACAUUCUCACCACCCGCCACGUCGUCUUCCCACCAAAUGCAGGGUUUAACGAGCUGUACAACCGCAAGUGGACCAGCCAGCCUCGUCGCGAAGUCAUCCUCCCCGGCCCCAAGGCCUUCCAGACGAUGCUCAAGUCCACCAUGGUCAAGAUAGGGGAACACAAGAUCAUGGUCGACUAUUACAACCAGCAGCUUCAGGACUUGCAAGGUGGCGGCGACGAGGAGCAGGAGGAGGAGGUGAUUCAGGGCAAGUUGAAGGAAGCGGAAGCGACGAUCGAAGCCCUUAACCAUUUCCACGACAAGGCCACAAAGUACUGGAGCGAAGAGAGCCUGCGCGUUUUAGGACACGUCGCCUACUCGCCUCCUAUUACCGUUGGUGCAGGUGCCAAACGUUACACCGAGGAUUGGGCUCUCAUCGAGCUUGACUGCAACAAGAUCGACUGGGACAACUUUAAAGGCAAUGUUGUAGAUCUAGGCACAGAGAUUCCGGUGCACAACUUUACCUCACGGAUGUACCCCAACCCCUCGGCCAACACCACCUUCAAAUACCCGUCUAACCGCCUCUUGCCGCUUCAGGGCAUCAUCGGGGAAGACGAGCUGCGCCACCCGCAAAUGCUAGACGCAGACAACGAGCCUUGCCUCCUCGUCAUCAAGAGCGGUUGCGCCACCGGCGUGACCACUGGCCGUGCUACCGGCAUCAUGUCCUGUGUGCGCGAGUACUUCGAGAACGGCCCUCACCAGACAUCCAUGGAGUGGGCAAUCCUUCCGUACGACAAGUCCGGCGCAUUCUCCGCCCCUGGCGAUUCUGGCGCCAUCAUAUUUGAUGGCCAGGGACGUAUCGGCGGCAUUCUCACCGGCGGAACCGGCCUGACAGAGACCACUGACGUCACGUAUGCGACGCCCUUCUACUGGCUCUUUGAUGAGCGUAUCAAGGCGCACUUUCCCAAUGCCUACCUCUACCCGGUCAGGGCCUAGGCAUCAUGACAUCAAUCCAGAACGACAUUGGGGAUGCAGGCCAGGCGGUCAAAGGCGGAGAUGUCUCGUUCCUUUUUCUUCUUAUGCGACUUCUUCUCCCGUCACGCUCCUUUCUCUAUGGGUGCCUUGACUGGUGGACCGCUGUUUAGGUUUGCCUCUUCCUCAUGCAGGCUUAUCGCAUUGGCAG